CUCUCUCUCUCUCUCUCUCUCUCUCUCUCUCUUUCUCGCGCACACACAUACUCCUCCUAUCACUCCUCCCUCACUCGUAUGCUUUCUUCUUUUCUUGAUCCGCCUCAGUUUCUCAGUGUCUUGUGGAAAAGUGGCUGCAAAUCUGUCGCAUCCAUGGCGCUCCCGUUCCGCUCGCAGCAUCUCUAUUUCAUCCCGUUAGACUUGGACAUCAUAUAGGAGAUCUGGCCAAAACUUAUCGAUAACGACCUGCGCUGUCUUCCCGAUAUCCCGAUCUCUACCACUCCGAAACUUUUGUUGGUCUUCCCUCGAACACCGUGUUUCUCUGAAAACAUCCAUCUUCCUGAUGGACGGGGAUGUGUGUGUCCGGCUCCGGUGCGGAUCUACGCGGCCACAGCGGAGGAAAAGCACGGCGCGGAAGAGAAGGAGAUCAGAGCUGCUCGGAGUGAGGAUGUGUCUGAUCGGGCUGCUGCUCGCCGUGCUGUCGGGACUGACCAACUGGACUGGCAAUUCUGGUUACAUCAUGUCCAGCGUUUCAUCUGAGGUCAGUGAGACAUGGGAAAGUCGCAGGCUUCUGCAACACUUCACCAAUGAGAGUGAGCAGGAGGCUGUGAAGAACUGCACUCAACCAGCUAUACAUGAGUUCCCUGAGGACAUUUUUACCAAUCAAGAACGAAUGGAGGGAGCUGUGGCCCUGCACAUUAUUAGUGCCAUGUACAUGUUCUAUGCCCUGGCCCUUGUGUGUGAUGACUACUUUGUGCCAUCCCUGGAGAAGAUUUGUGAGCGCCUCCAUCUCAGCGAGGAUGUGGCUGGUGCAACGUUCAUGGCAGCUGGCAGCUCAGCACCCGAACUCUUCACCUCUGUCAUAGGAGUGUUUAUCACCAAGGGAGACGUGGGAGUAGGAACAAUCGUUGGUUCUGCAGUCUUCAACAUCCUGUGCAUCAUUGGAGUGUGUGGGAUCUUCGCUGGGCAGGCAGUGCGUCUCUCCUACUGGACUCUAAUGAGGGACUCCAUGUACUACACUGUGUCAGUGGCCACUCUGAUCGUGUUUAUCUAUGACGAAAAGGUUACCUGGUGGGAGUCACUUGUCCUGAUUUUGAUGUACCUGGUUUACAUUUUAAUAAUGAAGUGUAACUCAUAUGUGGUUCACUAUUUUGAGCGGAGGAAGAAGAAAGCUACAAACCUGGGAAAUGGUACAACGAGCACCACAGACCUCGAUGAUGGAUGUGAUGCUACAGCUGUGCUACUCAAAAAAGCAAAUUUCCACAGGAAGCCAUCGGUACUAAUGGUGGAUGAGUUGCUGUCUGCGUAUCCACACCAGCUCUCCUUCUCUGAAGCUGGCAUGAGGAUUAUGAUCACUAGUCAUUUUUCUCCUCGCACCCGUCUUACCAUGGCUUCCCGCAUGCUCAUCAUGGAGAGGCAGCGUCUCAUCAACGGUCAUUUCAGUAAUGGCGAUUCUGAGGUGAUAGUCAAAUUUCCUGUGAGGCGUGGAAUGGAGAACGGCAUUGUUGGUGUAGAGCGAGGCCUGAAUGCAUGGAGGAAUGGACAUCGUGAUGACGAAACACGAGGGGCAGAUCCUGGCACUGAUACAGAGAACGAGAAUGAGGAUAAUGAGAACAAUGAGAAUGAUGAAGAAGAGGAGGAGGAAGAUGAGAACGAAGGACCCUAUGUUCCUUUCCACUGCCCAGGGGGCUCGUGCAAUAAGGUGAAAUGGCUGUUGGCAUGGCCUCUGAGUCUGCUACUUUUCUUCACGGUGCCUAACUGUGCCUCUCCCCGCUGGGAGCGCUGGUUCAUGGUCACCUUCAUCACCUCCACACUCUGGAUUGCUGGCUUUUCUUACAUCAUGGUGUGGAUGGUGACAGUCAUCGGCUUCACUCUGGGCAUCCCAGAUGUCAUCAUGGGAAUUACGUUUUUGGCCGCAGGCACCAGUGUCCCUGACUGCAUGGCGAGCCUUAUAGUGGCACGGCAAGGCCUAGGUGACAUGGCUGUGUCAAACUCCAUUGGCAGUAAUGUCUUUGAUAUACUGGUUGGUCUGGGGCUGCCCUGGGCACUUAAGACUCUCGCUAUUGAGUAUGGCACAACAAUUGAACUCAACAGCAAAGGCCUAAUUUUCUCUGUUGGACUGCUCUUAGCAUCUGUGUUUCUCACGGUUCUGGGAGUGCAUCUGAAUAAGUGGACCCUGGAUAAACGUCUGGGCUUUGCGUGUCUGCUGAUGUAUGCUGUUUUCCUGUGUUUCUCCAUCCUUAUUGAAUUCAAUGUCUUCAUCUUUGUCAAUCUGCCCACUUGUCAUUGACACCACUCUUCUUGAUCACUACCCUCUUUCGGUCGGUUCCACGAGGACUUGUCAUUCCUUGUCUAAGGAAGCUCUGACCUGUCCUUUAUGAAAACUUUUCUUCUUGAUCAAGUAAAUCCUCCCUUUUUUCCACUUGUGAUGGAGCAUUUGGUCAGUGGCUUUGGCCGGUGGAAAAAGGAAAGGAGAGGAGCACAUGUGCAUGGUGGAGCUAAUCAAAGAUUCAGACAUCUUAGACAGGACCGGAAGAUGGACAAAGAUGACUACUGCCUGGUUUGAUGUGAAAACUAAAAGGUUUGAAAAUUUUAUAUGAAUAUUAAGAACUGAAUUGUUAUUGAAAUAUUAAGAAUUUUAUGUGUGUGUGUUUUAAUGACAUUUGUUUUAUUAGCUGCUAAACUGGCUAAGAAAGGUCGGACUGAAGACCAUGGCCAUGAUGUACUGAGUACUUAUGGAUACACAAAGGUUUAUGAUUUUGAAAGCUUUCUUAAGAGAUUACUUUAGAAGUAGCUAAAAGGUACUGGUGACCUCUUAUAUAUUCUUAUGGACAAUACUGAUGAGGUUGAUCAGGUGGCUGGAGAUUAUCAUGGGCAUUAAACCCAGAUUAGUUCAAAACUCCCUCACCAGCUCUGUCUGGCAGCCAGGGAUUAUAACCAUUGAGGAUAUUUUUUUUAAAAUAUAUAUGUAUAAAUAAGAGUAUGUUUACUUGUUGACUAGAUGACCAGAGUAGGACAGGUUGAAAGAUUGUUGUACAUGAACAUAUAAAGAUAUUUAUAGUUAACUAGGACAAGGACAUGUUUUCCCUUGAAGGUCAUGGGGAAGUAGCAUGUAAGUAUCGUUGGUAUAUGGUACAAUGAACUAUUUCGAUCAGGUUUUCAGUCGUCUUGCCAAAAGUAAACUAUUUAUGGUAAAAUUGAAAAUGAAAAUAUGUUGAUGCUGAUAUAAGAGAUGUGUAAAAAGAUGUUUACUAAUUAUUUGUUUUGUCAAUUGCUCUGUAUAUACGGAAGCAGAGAUUUGUCUAUUUAAUAAUUUAUUGAAAACUAUUUAUGCACAUUAAUUUCUUAAUUGUAGUCCGAAUGGAAUCCACAGCUGUCCCAAAGAAAAGACCAGUUUCAGCCACGCUUUGUCACUUUAACUUUGAAAGCUUUGUGUGUCACAUUAUUUUUAGUAUUAUUUUUUUAAAUGAAACUGUUUCAGCAUACCAAUGUGGCAUGAUCACCGCGAGGGGUCAACAGACAGUAUGUGCGUUUCAUUCAGUGCUUUAGGCCAGUCAAAAGAUGUCCACUCAGUGGGCCAGCCAUGCAAACCCAUGUAGCUGAUUAACAGGAACACAUCCUGGUAAAAUGAAGCUAUUAUCUUAAUUAGUAGUAUUUCAGCAAAAAAAAAAAAGAUUUUAUGCAGAAAAAAACAACACUCUGGUCUUGUAGAUAUUUCAGUGUAGAUUGGGUUCAGAGCAUGAAUCCGAAAACAUCAUAUAGAAAUGGCUGAAAGCUUGCGUGUUUGGACUGCGUUCACGCAAGCUAAUUGGAUCGUCUAGUUUGGAGAUAUCACUUGAAGAUGAAAAAAAAAUAUCAUUACCAUGGAUCUGCCUGAGAACUGUGAACAGUAGUACAGCAUCCUGUAAAUACAUAUGCUGUAUCUUAUCAGAGGGCUUUAUCGACUUUAGAUAGCUGCCCAAAAUCCAGCUACAGUAACACAACCCAAGUCACUCUGUCACAAGGCACAUUAUCUGAAUAUACAUAUAUUUAUGCACUGAGCAAUUUACAUGGUCUUACUGUUCCUGACUGAACAGUAGAAUUUAGCUAAUAUAACCGUAUUGUAAAAUGCUGUAAAAUCAGCAAAGUAUUUUUAUCACAAAGAAACUGUUUGUACUUUAUAAUGCAAAGUGUUUCAAAAUGAUAUCUGCUUUCAAAUUUAGGAUGUGCAUCGACUUAUUUGAUAUGUACAUAGUGUAGCUCAUAAAGCUAAAUUUCGAUUGUACACUGUUCAUUUCUAAGAGUGUUUCUAGCUACAGUUUCUACCAUGUCCUUUUCCUUUUGUUACUUAUGGUACAAAAUACAGAAAAUACCAUUCUUAGAUUUGCCAUAUUGAUAAAUGUGUUGGUGUAUUAAUUUGUAAGAGUGUGAUUCCCAAAAUUGCAUCGGCAGUAUUAGCAAUAGGUCUGAUCAAUGUGUCAUCUGUACUUAAUGAAAUCCUUGGCUUAUUCCAGAUAGAAUGUAUAGUAUGGAACUGUUUGGGGUUUUUUUUUUGUGUGUGUGUGUGUGUUUUUAUUUUAUUUUUAUUUAUUUUUUUUUUUUGGACUAUAAGGGUUGUUCAGUAUUAGUUAGCUAGUUGAUUUGUGGUUUUGUUGAAGAGGUUUACUUAAGACUUGAAGGCAAACAGGGUUUAAAUUUAGAGAUCCGGUUAAUUUAUAACGCAAUAAUAAUUAUUAAUGUGUAAAUACAGUGUUUUCUCUUAUUUGUCCUGAAAUUAAUACACUUUACCAACUUUAUAGUUUAGCUACAUAUUUCAGUAAAGCUAAAUAUUUAGAUGCCGUUUGUACUUUUUUUAAACAUCAACAGAAGUAGCUUUGGCAUUCAGAAUGAACACUCAGCUAUCACUGAAUUUCUGUCAUGUUACAACCUUUAAAAUGCCAGUUACACAUUUUACUUACGUUCUCUAAGAGUUAUUAUUCUGUCAGAGACAGGCUACUACACUGAUACAGUUCUCAUGAGCUGUGCUUAAAGGCCAGUGCCAGUUAAUCAUUUUAGUAAUGUACUUUGCUGCUGUUCCUUUAUAUACACAACAAAUGAUCACACUGAUUAAAGCAAGGACAAGCACAACUUAUUAUACCAUACUUAAGAAUAACAUUUUCCCUGCAUAUCUCCUAACCCGAUGCUCAUCUGCUGGAGUUUUUUUUAGUAAGACGAGAGCAUUUCCGUACACACAAAUGUGAUUCUUACCUGGUGGAGCAUUGCUGAUGUACAUAUAUAUACAUAUAUGAAAUGUAUUUAUAUUUUCUGUUCUUACCUGUAUAUCUGUUAACUAUAUUUUCAUAGAUACUGUGUAAUGUUUGGGUCUUCAUUUGUGUUUUGAGUAAAAUGCCCUUUGGUUUGCUAGUUCGCAUGAAGAUAUUUUAACAUAAGAAAUGACUUCUGUUUAUUAUUAUCUAACAGUGAGCACUGAAGAAAAGCAGCUGUGGAAUUAGACCUCUUAGAUAACUGCAUGUUUUUCAGGGGAAUACUGCUGGAUCUUUCGGCUCUUUAAUGAUGGUACCAGUCACAGUCCAAAUCAAUGGUUUACUAUACAUUUGAGACGACAUGAGAAAGAAUUGUUUGCUUUAUGUACUAAAGUAUUUUGUUCAGGUGAUUGAAGUGUAUAUCAGAGUACAUUUUUGCUACUCCAACUUAAAUAAAAAUGAUCUUUGCUAAG